AUGCAGCGGUUUCUGGACGAAGAAUCUCAGUCCGUCCUCGCCACCUGCUACAGCGUGGAGUCGGCCACCGCCAAGGUCCACGGCUUCCAUUACUGCACUACCCUGGGCGCCGGGGUACAACCUCCCCGCGACAUCGCUUCCGAGCGAACCUGGGCCGGCAAUCAAUGCCCAGAGUACAAGGGGGAGGCAACGCAGACCAUCCCGGAAGAGUGUGAGAGACUCUUCUGUGACAAACUGUCUUCGAUUUUCCUUGGUGAGGGGACUUUCGUGCGACAGGAGUCGCUGGGGAUGGGUGCGUUUACCGCCCACAAGACCGGACACGACAUCCAGCGGUGGAUCGAAGUAUGGGACUACGCCAGCGACGCUAUCUAUCGUGGAUUUGUGGCGGAGCAAAACGGCGAGAGGACCAUGUUUGUCUUCUUUGACCGUGCGCUGGACCACGGCCUCAAAUCAGGGCUAAUGGCACUGUUUGAAUUGGCCGAGAUCGAUACAUUUGGGUGCUCCCAGAUCGUCGCCUGCGUCAGUCGCUCCCAGCGGGCAGAUGAAAUGGAGCUUGUUCGAAGCCUCGGAUGGUGCGGGUUUAACCUCACCACCUUGGAACCGUGGAUGACCAGCGAAGACCAAGGCUGCCUCAGUGAUGAAUGGCUUUUCUUGGUCGCUGAAGUCUAA